AUGUAUCCAAAUCGAUUAAAACCACUACCUAUAUUGGAUCAAACAUUUUAUGAAGCUCAAUUACAAAUUCAUCAAAUGCCAAUAAAUGUUCUUGCAAAAUUAAAUAAUAAUCCAACUGAAUUAUUACAUUUCAUUCAAACAUUACCAACAAUUCAAGCAAUGGAACAUAAACGUCGACAACUUAUUGAACAUAAUCGAUAUUUAGCUAAGAAUAAUCUUAAACGAGAACCAGAAUUAAUUCAUAUACGUCAGCAAUUAUCUCAUUCUUUUGCUGAAUUAAAACCAUUACGUGAUCAAUAUUUAAAAUUAAAAAUAAAUCAACAAAAUAAUAUUUCUUCACCGGAUAUAAUUUUAGCAAAACUUCAAUCAGAUGUUCAAACAAAUGAACAAGCUAAUGAUGAAAUGAUUGAAACAUUCUUAAAUACAAAUCAUAAUGAUCAUGAUAUUGAAAUAUUUAUAAAAAAGUUUCUUCAUGAUCGACAAGAAACAAUUAAACUUCGUUGUAUUACAGAAAAAUUCUAUCAUUUAUAUCAAAUUGAAAAACGAAAACAAUAA